UCGAAUGCUAAACCAGCUAUUUAUCAUCGAUUUUGGGGAAGAGCUUAGCCUAUGGCGAUGGCGAUCUCUCGAUGCUGCUGCUCGUACAAGAAGGCGACGGUGAUCGUUUGCAUCUUCAAUGUGGCCGCCGCGUUCUAUGUCCUGGAUGUGCUCCUCAGCUCCUCGUCGAGGUCUUCGUCCGGGAUUCCAUGGCGUAGGCGCCACGUGCUGGGCUUCUCCGCGCAGGAGGCUCUUCGAAUUCAAGAGGCGCACGAGAUUCGCCGAAAGGUUGAGCCUCACGAGCUUAUUGACAGGGUGAAAGAGAUCCAGCUUGAGUCGGAUCAAGAGAGCAGCGGUCCCGGCGCUAUCAGAAGGAAAGCCGCCAUGGACAUCGUCCAAAGAUUGCGAGAUAUACAAUCAACAAACAAUCAAACUGCCAGUCAAGCUCUAAGUGAAUGGCGGCGCAAGAGACUCGAAGCGGCUCGUGCGCGAGAGGCCAAGCAGCCUGCUGAGACUAAUGCUACAAGUGACAUGAAUCAGGAGUUGGCACAAGAAGAGGUGUCCAAGCUGGUGGAGCUGGGUUGGCUACACACUCACACCGAACCCCCGAGUUUACCAGUGUCCGACAGUGACACCGGCGAAAUCCUUCCAACAGUCACUGGAGCCGAAGUUGAGGACGGGAUCAUCCCUGGAAGGAUUGUUCCACCCGAGUGUCACGCCGAGGCACACACGGAUUACGAUGGUGUUGCUGUCCGGUGGGGACUGACUCAUCAUACGGAGAGCGCCGCCGAUUGCUGUCAAGCGUGUUUCAACCAGGCCAAAGCCGCAAAGCCGGGCGAGAUGAAGUGCAACGUUUGGGUGUUUUGCGCUGCCGAGAACGGCUGCUACUCGCCUGAUAUCUACGAGCACAAACACCAGGAAUGCUGGCUCAAACAGGCUGAUGAACCAAAGCUAAACUUCAAGGGCCACUACCACGAAGAGUACAGGCAAACUCAUCAAAACGCCCCGGUCGUAGUUCCCUGGGUCUCUGGAGUUAUUCGCGAAUGACCUCCAGGUUCUUUUAUACUUUUUCUUUUUUCUAUACGAUCCAGUGUACAGAUUUUGGUAAUUCUUCGUAGUACUAUUCUUUAGUACUAUUCUUUA